UUUUUGCAGUCGGACCGCAGCCCAUCUUUGGUUUCUCGGAGCCGAGACUCCGACUCCCGGAAGCCUUUGCGGAUGACAAGAGACUACGCGUCCCAGAGGCCCCUGCGGCGCCGCAACCGGAAGCUGCGGGCAAACCGAGUGUCCUUGCGCGCGGAGCCGAGCGAUCAUGGUACCCCGAGUUUGGUCGCUGAUGAGGUUCCUCAUCAAGGGCAGUGUGGCUGGGGGUGCUGUCUACCUGGUGUAUGACCAGGAGCUGCUGGGGUCCAGUGACAAGAGUCAGGCGGUCCUUCAGAAAGCCGAGGAGGUGGUCCCCAAUGCCGUGUACCAGUUCAGCCAGUAUGUGUGCGAGCAGACAGGCCUGAAGUUACCGCAGCUCCCAGCCCCUCCAAAGUUUAACUUUCACAUCCGCGACUCUUGGAAUUCAGGCAUCAUCACCAUGAUGUCAGCCCUGUCCGUGGCCCCCUCCAAGGCCUGGGAGUACUCCAAGGAGGGCUGGGAAUACCUGAAGGAGCGAACCAAGUAGCCUGUCAGAGAAGCUGUCUGCCCCAGGCGGGAACAGGGGCAGGGGCGCCACAAACACCAGACUGGGACCCAACUGGGCAGCUCCUGGCCUUGCUGGCCCAAUAAAGGACUUGGAAGUGUU